CACAUCUGGCUGGGGUUCUUCCUUUGAAAAGCUCUGAGCUCGAGGGUGGCUGCUCAGAGCAAGUCAGGAAGGUUGGAAAUCGCUGGCUGCCAGCUGGACUGCUGCUCCCACUGUCCUGUGUGUGCCAUCAUUGACAACUCUGCAGUAAAGAUGUCCAGCCACCAUGCAAACAGCUCCAUGGCAUCCACCUCUGAGCAUUAUCAUCCGACCUCGGAACAUCAUCACCCUACAACAUCACCGGGGCACAAUCAUGGAGAAGGGAUGAUGAUGAUGGACAUGACUUUCCACUUCAGCUACAAGAACGUGCCGCUGCUGUUUUCUGGACUGGUGAUCAAUACACCUGGAGAAAUGGCUGGUGCUUUUGUCGCAGUAUUCUUCCUAGCCAUGUUUUAUGAGGGCCUCAAAAUAGCCCGGGAGAGUCUGCUCCGUAAAUCACAGGUCAGCAUUCGCUACAACUCCAUGCCUGUCCCGGGACCAAACGGCACCACUUUGAUGGAGACGCACAAAACAGUUGGACAACAGAUGCUGAGCUUCCCUCAUCUCCUGCAGACAGUGCUGCACAUCAUACAAGUGGUGGUCAGUUACUUCCUCAUGCUGAUCUUCAUGACCUACAAUGCAUACCUCUGCAUAGCUGUGGCAGCAGGCGCAGGCACUGGCUACUUCCUCUUCAGCUGGAAAAAGGCAGUUGUUGUGGAUAUCACGGAGCACUGCCAUUAAUGCUGGACACAGAGCGAGAGCCUCUCUCUGCCCCUUCACUCGCUCUAACUGCAGUCACCAAGAGGAUGAGGAUCAUUCCCCGGCUGACUGAGACGCAAG